AUGGCAACACCAUCAUGGCAGGAGAUUGCUACUCAGAAGCGCGAGGCUACUCUAGCUGCGAUACCAGCGGAGUGGCGACUUGAUAAGCUGCCGUCGAUUGAAAAGCAAGUGGAUGUGACAGAAUAUGUGAAGCAAUACUUUGAUAAGAAGGAACUGGACAUCACCGAAAGCAGCGCAGACGUCAUCGCAAAGAAAGUUGCAGAAGGGCAAUGGUCAGCUGUUGAGGUAACGAAAGCAUUCUGCCAUAGAGCAGCGGUAGGACACCAACUGCUACACUGCUUGCAUGAAAUUUUCUUCGAUGCUGCCAUCGAAGACGCCAAAGCCCUUGAUGCUUACUACGCCCAACACAAGAAAACUAUUGGACCUCUCCACGGAGUACCCGUUUCCCUCAAGGACCAAUUCCACGUCAAGGGUGUUGAAACUUCCAUGGGCUACGUCGGCUGGAUCGGCACUUUUGAAGGCAAGAAAGGGACUGGGAAAGAGAAGGUUUUCGAAAGUGAGAUGGUGAAGAUGUUGCGAAAUGCAGGCGCGGUGUUGUAUUGCAAGACGAGCGUACCGCAUACACUGAUGAGUGGCGAGACAGUAAACAACAUCAUCGGAUACACUUUAAACCCCAAGAACAGACAUCUAACAGCAGGGGGAAGUUCAGGUGGCGAGGGUGCUCUGAUCGGGAUUAGAGGAUCACCCAUAGGACUAGGCACCGACAUCGGCGGCUCCAUCCGCAUCCCCGCCGCCUUCAACGGCCUCUACGGCCUCCGCCCCUCGACCGGGCGUCUCCCCUACGAAGGCAUGGCAAACUCCAUGGACGGCCAAAACACCAUUCUCUCCGUCGUCGGGCCCCUCGCCACAAACGCAGCCUCCCUCCGUCUGAUCACGCAAGCCAUACUCGAUCAAACCCCCUGGUACCACGACCCCUUCGUCCACGAAAUCCCCUGGCGCCCCUCGCACGACGCAGAAAUUAAAACCUUGAAACCCCUCUGCUUCGGUGUACUAAGAACAGACGGCGUCGUAAACCCCACUCCACCCGUCCGCCGCGCUAUUGAGGAGGUUGUGGCGGCUGUUCGCGCCGCCGGCUACAAAGUCAUCGACUGGACACCGCCAUCCCACCGCACCCUAGUAGACACAGGCAUGAACUCCUGGAUCUACGACGGCGGCUCCGACGUCCGCUCCGCCUUUGCGCUUUCCGGCGAACCCAUGUCGCCCCAAGUAUCCUUCUACGCCUCCCUGACCAAGGAGUUCACCGCUAGCGAAAUCGCAGCUAACAACGUCGCGCUGCGGCGUCUCAAGAAGGAAUAUAUGGAGUACUGGAACAGCACGGUGCAGCAAACGGGGACGGGUAGGCCGGUAGAUGCGGUUAUUACACCGUUGGCGCCGUUCCCGGCUGCGAGAAGGGAGAGGUAUAAGUAUUAUGGGUAUUCUUCGUUUGUUAAUGUGUUGGAUUAUACCAGUGUUAUUGUGCCGGUAACGAGGGUUGAUAAGGGUGUGGAUAAGAAGGUGGAGGCUGGGUAUCAGGCGAUUGAUGAACAAGAUCAGAUGCAUCAGGAUGAUUGUAAGUUUAUGACCCACUUGGCUGAGGGUGGAUUUGGGGGUAAAAGGUAG